AUGUCUGAAUCCCGGUUCAAGCACCACAUGUGUAUUGAGGGAGCAAAAUUUGGGGUGAAUAACGUGAGGGUGCUGCUCGAAGAUUUGGAAAAGGAGAUAGAUUGUACGUGGAAGUACACUCCACGGAACAAGGUCUAUCUCCUCUCAACGACCAAGCCCUUCAGUCUUGAUCUGACGCGUCGUGAUGACGGGACCUCUGCGACUCUCAUCAGUGUUCAGUAUGUGUACCUGUAG